AUGAAUAACCUCGGUAAACUUCUGUGCGAGCGACUCAUGAUAAGGGUGGGAGGUAAAAUAGUAUACGACAAUAAUGGUGAAAGUCUCAUCGAAGUCUACAAAGACCUCUGGAAAAUGGAUUCAAAAAGAGCGAACAUGGUAGAAUACGGAAUCAUGAACGAGAACACAAGAAAGUUACUGUCGAAGGACGAUAGCGCCGAUCGGACCGCAAAAACGGAAGGUGCCUACGACCUGGUGAUGGCAAAGGUAUACAAGGAGCAGAAGAUGAAACUCGGAAAAAUUCUUAAUGAUCACGGUCCCUACGCACCGUAUAACAUGAAGAGCGGAUUCGAGUACACGAUAACCCUUCCAAAAGCCGACAAGAUUAUGGUUGCACAGGCAAACGAGAAGGUGGAAGGAUAUACACUGAAGAACAUACACCUGGAAUACGAAACCAUAGAGAACGAGGAACUGGCCAAACGGGUAAACGAAGGAUACGAGACCGGUAGGUCCCUGUCCUACGAACAUACAACACUGUUGAAAGCAUUAACGAGAGCAUAG